AAAAAAUGCAAAAUUGGUGAACCUUGAGAUUGGAUUUGUUGGUAGAGCAAGUUAUUGAUGGGCUUGAUAAAGUUGUGAUGACAAUGAAGAAGGGUACCACUUACUAGGAAGCAAUGCUUAUUGUUGAUCACUGCUGGUUGUUUAACACACUUUUUCUUUGAUCACUUGUUUGAGGUUGCUCUGCUUAAUCUAAUAACAAUUUCUUCAACUUGGGCAAGAGUAAUUGAUGUUAUGGACAGCGAGUCAGGUUCAAGAUUGUUUGGGUUCAUUGGUGCUGGUGCCACAGUUGGCCAACUUUUUGGGUCAUUGUUUGCCACCGGAAUAGCUUUGUUGGGGCCAUUUCUACUCCUAUUUGCUGCUUUGCUAAUGGAAUUUGCUGCACAGUCAUCAAAGGGGAUAAACAAGGAUGUAUCCCAUAAUUCCCAUCUUCCUGAGGAAUUAACUCCCAUCAGGGCCCUUGCAGAUCAGUUGGAAGGCACCAAAGAGGAGGAACAUAAGAAGUAUCGUGGCAUGGUGGUAGAAUAUAUUAUGGUACAUGGAUUUUGAAAGGAAUAAAACUUUUAUCCAUGACUUUUCCCCCCUUUUGUUGAGAAAAUUGAUCUCACACCCUUUCUCCAUUUCUCCACUAUAUGGUGUUCUUAACCAUAUUUAGUAUUUUCUGAAAAACUAUUUGUUUUUUAUAAGUAAAUUAACCAUAUGUUAUUUAUUCUUCCAUAAGUAAAUGGACUGCAGUAAUUAGUGCA